GCUUUAUAUUUACGUCAGUGACCUCCUGAUGCAGUCUGUCAUCCUCUGACACCCUCAAGGAUGAAGCUCGUGCUACAGUCGUGAUUGAUCGCCGUUGUCACGCCUCCAGAGCUCCACACACACCCGACGGAUGGGUUUGCAGCAAGAAAUCGCUUCAGUCGAAUCAAAAGCGAUUCUCUGAAAUCAAACUAAGGCAGCCUCUCCAACAUCUCGCCCUUCACCUGGUUUGGAUGUUUACGGCUCACCUCCCAACAAUCACACAGACUUCAGUGGAUAAGAGGUGUUCUGGGACAAUGGAGGUGUCAAAGGAUGACGUGCAGAGAUGUGUGAUGAAAUCUUUGAAUUUACAUUCCCCUUUAUAUCUGCACUAUCCUCAGCAAAGAGCAGCCCAGUGUAACCAUGGCAACAGCAGCAUCCUCUGAGUAAUGAUUUACAGUAUCUUCAGUGUUGAGAAGAACUCAAAUAAUGGGAUCUCACAGGACAGUGGCAAAGAUUUAGCGAUGACUUUCCAGCCUUGGCUAGAUGAUCCCUGUUAAUAGCUGCCAUGUUUACAUGUAAUGGCAGCUCAAUUGAAUGGUGUGGCCUUCUUGAAGCAGAAGAAAGUGAGAUGCAAGAGUCUGAUACUGCCCUUAUGCCCACCACUCUCAGGGUGCUCCUGGCUGCCAUCAUGAUCUUCAUGAUCACCAUUGGUUUUCUUGGCAAUGCCAUUGUGUGUCUGAUAGUGUAUCAGAAGCCAGCCAUGCGUUCAGCCAUUAAUCUGCUCUUGGCCACACUGGCUUUUUCAGACAUCCUGCUGUCGCUGCUAUGCAUGCCAUUCACCGCCGUCACUCUCACAACUACAGACUGGAGCUUCGGAGUGGGAUUCUGCCGCAUCUCCAUCAUGCUGUACUGGCUGUUUGUUCUAGAAGGUGUGUCCAUCCUUCUGAUCAUCAGCGUAGACCGGUUCCUCAUUAUAGUUCAGCGACAGGACAAGCUAACGCCCCAUCGGGCGAAAAUCCUUAUCACCACGUCAUGGGCUCUAUCGCUUUGCUUGUCCCUACCAUCUGUCGUCGGCUGGAGGAUAGCUGGAGUCGGGGAGCAAGUACCGCAAUGCAUUCUGGGAUACAGUGAAUCCCUGGCAGACAGGGGUUACACGGUUCUGCUUGCGCUCGCUGUGUUUUUCGUGCCAUUUGGUGUGAUGUUGUAUUGCUAUCUGUGUAUACUCAACACAGUUCGACGCAAUGCACUGCGCAUCCAUAAUCACACCAGCGAAGGCAGCGUCGCUGUCAACCAUGUCAGCAAGUUGGGGUUAACUGUUCUGCAGCGACCCCAAGUCAAUGUGGACAUGAGUUUUAAAACCAGGGCCUUCACCACUAUCCUCAUCCUGUUCAUUGGCUUCUCCGUGUGUUGGCUGCCACAUACGGUGGUGAGUCUGCUGGCGGUGUUCAGUAGACGCUUCUACCUCAGCCCGGCCUUUUACCCCAUCAGCAUCGGGGCACUGUGGUUGAGUUACCUCAAAGCGGUCUUCAACCCGGUGAUAUACUGCUGGAGAAUCCGAAAGUUUCGUGAAGCCUGCCUGGAGUUCAUGCCCAAGACCUGUCAUCUCUGUCCCAAGAUUCCUGGGCGAAGUCGCAGGCGUAUAAGACCCAGCAACAUCUAUGUGUGCAGCAGUGAGACCCAGUCUUCUGUCUAGGAUUAGCACCAAAGCAUGUUUCAAACUGAUCGUGAAUGGAAGAUGAUGUUUAAAUAUGACCAAGAACACUUAUGAAUUGAAUACUUAACAAAUAACUCCUCCAGUCAUAAUCUGCAGUGAUGAAGGAAAUAGCAUCUGCUGUCUGAAAAUCAUCAAAGCAUUUUUCAUAUGUUCCUGAACAAGGUCAUUUCUUUAUUUUUUCUGUUGGAAAGAUUUGAUGUGUUCUGCCAUUUUGCAAAAAUGAAAAUUUGGCAAAUAAAGUAACUAAACUG